CGUCACUCGGUCUGACUGCGGUGCUCGCUCGAGUCCCGGCGUCCCUUUUCGUGUGGCUCAUCUCCGCUUUAGCAGCCGUGGCACCAUGGCUGUGCUUGUCGUUCUCCUCUCUUCUCUGGUGUCGAGUGCUUUAGCGAAUGAAUUUAGCAUAUUAAGAUCGCCAGGGUCUGUUGUUUUCCGAAAUGGAAAUUGGCCUAUACCAGGAGAUCGAAUCCCAGAUGUAGCUGCACUGUCCAUGGGCUUCUCUGUGAAGGAAGACCUGUCUUGGCCAGGGCUUGCUGUGGGCAACCUAUUCCACCGGCCCCGGGCUACCAUUAUGGUGACAGUGAAGGGGGUAGAUAAACUGGCUCUCCCCACAGGCAGCGUCAUCUCUUACCCUUUGGAGAAUGCAGUUCCCUUUAGUCUUGACAGUGUGGCCAAUUCCAUUCACUCCUUAUUUUCGGAGGAGACUCCUGUAGUUUUGCAGUUGGCCCCCAGUGAGGAAAGAGUGUAUAUGGUGGGGAAAGCAAACUCUGUAUUUGAAGACCUUUCAGUCACAUUGCGUCAGCUCCGUAAUCGCCUGUUUCAAGAAAACUCUGUUCUCAACUCGCUCCCCCUCAAUUCUCUGAGUAGGAAUAAUGAAGUUGACCUGCUAUUUCUUUCUGAACUGCAAGUGCUGCAUGAUAUUUCAAGUUUGUUGUCUCGUCAUAAGCAUCUCGCCAAGGAUCAUUCUCCCGACUUGUAUUCACUGGAGCUGGCAGGUUUGGAUGAGCUUGGGAAGCGUUAUGGAGAAGACUCUGAACAAUUCCGGGAUGCUUCUCGGAUCCUUGUUGAUGCUCUCCAAAAGUUUGCAGAUGACAUGUACAGUCUCUAUGGUGGGAAUGCAGUGGUAGAGUUGGUGACUGUCAAAUCAUUCGACACAUCCCUGGUGAGGAAGUCAAGGACCAUCCUUGAGACGAAACAAGAGAACACCCAAAGUCCCUACAACCUUGCGUAUAAGUAUAAUUUGGAGUAUUCGGUGGUUUUCAACUUGGUACUGUGGAUUAUGACUGGCUUGGCCUUGGCUGUGAUAAUCACCUCUUACAACAUUUGGAAUAUGGAUCCUGGAUAUGAUAGCAUCAUUUAUAGGAUGACAAACCAGAAGAUUCGAAUGGAUUGAUUUUCCUUAUGCUAGACUUACUUAGACAACAG